CGGAAGCGCUGGGCGAUCCGAGGGGCUCCCGUGUCUCCCGUUUCCCUCCCGCCCGAACUCGGACCCCGCAGGCCCGGGACCCUCCGCGGGGGGCGGCCCUUAUGAGUGUGUCCCUGGUGGUCCUUCGCUUGGAGCUGGCCGAGUCUUCGCCCGUACCGGGCGACUUCUCUUACAGCGCUGCCGCUACUGAGAUGUCUGAUGAGGCGAUGCAGGAGACGUCGCUGGCGGCUGCCGCAGUGACCUUGGAUGGCAAGGCGCCCGUGGAGAAGGCGACCAUAAUCCACCAACACAUCGGCCGGCGGGAGAUGACAGAUGUGAUCAUUGAGACGAUAAAGCCGGAUCCAGACGAGGCGAAAGAGAUGAUGGACAAAGUUGGUGCAGCUGAGGCUUCCUCCACUGAGGAUCACAAUAAUCAGGAUAGCCAAAGUGGAACCAGCGGAACUACCCUGGAUUCUCCAUCAAAGCAGCUCCCCGACCAGAUCUCCUUUUUCAGUGGGAAUCCAUCGGUUGAAAUAGCUCACGGCAUUAUGCACCUCUACAAGACAAACAAAAUGACCUCCUUAAAGGAAGAGGUGCGACGCAGCGCCAUGCUGUGUAUUCUCACAGUCCCUGCCACAAUGACCAGCCACGACCUCAUGAAGUUUGUGGCGUCUUUUUAUGAUGACAUCGAACACAUGAAAAUCAUCCGAGAUUCCACCCCAAACCAGUACAUGGUGCUCAUCAAAUUCCGGACGCAGGCCGAUGCAGACGGCUUCUACAUGGCUUGCAACGGUCGGCAGUUCAACUCCAUAGAAGAAGACGUUUGUCAGCUCGUCUAUGUGGAAAGGGCAGAGGUCUUCAAGUCGGAAGAUGGGGCCAGCCUGCCCGUCAUGGACCUGACCGAGCUCCCCAAAUGCACCGUCUGCUUGGAGAGGAUGGAUGAAUCGGUCAACGGGAUCCUGACCACGGUCUGCAACCACAGCUUCCACAGUCAGUGUCUGCAGCGGUGGGAGGACACCACGUGCCCCGUCUGCAGGUACUGCCAGACUCCAGAACCUGUGGAAGAAAACAAAUGUUUUGAAUGUGGAGUCCAAGAAAACCUUUGGAUAUGCCUCAUCUGCGGGCACAUCGGAUGCGGGCGUUAUGUGAGUCGGCACGCCUACAAGCACUUUGAGGAGACACAACACACCUACGCCAUGCAGCUGACCAAUCACAGGGUCUGGGACUACGCCGGGGACAAUUACGUCCACCGCCUGGUGGCCAGCAAAACGGACGGCAAGCUGGUUCAGUACGAAUGUGAGGGGGAUGUGUGUCAGGAAGAGAAAAUCGAUGCCUUACAACUAGAAUAUUCCUACUUGUUAACCAGCCAGCUGGAGUCCCAGCGCAUCUACUGGGAGAACAAGAUCGUCCGAAUAGAAAAGGACACGGCCGAAGAAAUCAACAACAUGAAAGCCAAAUUUAAAGAGACGAUUGAGAAAUGCGACUCACUGGAACACAGACUGAACGACUUGCUGAAGGAGAGGCAGUCGGUCGAAAGGAAGUGCAGCCAGCUAAGCACCAAGGUGUCCAAGCUGACCAACGAGCUGAAGGAGGAGCAGGAGAUGAACAAAUGCCUGCGGGCCAACCAGCUCCAGCUCCAGAACCAGCUGAAGGACGAGGAGAAGCUCCUGAAGGAGACCUGCGAGCAGAAGGACCUCCAGAUCACCGAGGUCCAGGAGCAGCUCCGCGACGUCAUGUUCUACCUGGAGACCCAGCAGAAGAUCAACCACCUGCCUGCCGAGGCCAGGCAGGAGAUCCAGGACGGGCAGAUCAACAUCCCCGUGGCCUCUCCGGCGGGUUCCUCCGCGGGGGGCAGCGGGAAGCCCUCCUCCCGCAAGGGAAGGGGCAAGAGGGGCAAGUGACCACCAGCAGGCACAGAGGCAACGGAGGUGACCACCAUCGGGUGCAGGAAGGGUGUCGGGAGGGCGAAGCGGGCAGCGUGGUCUGUUUUGGCAAAAAGAGGCUGGGAAACCUAGCCAAGGGACGA